AACGGACACGCUGGAGGAUCUGACCGAGCAGAACCUGGAGAAGUUCCGCCACAGGCUCGGGGACCGCCAGGAGGAGCCUCGGGUCAGACGCGCCCGAGUGGACGGGAAGAACUUCCUGGUGCUCACCGACGUCCUGGUCUCCACCUUCACCGAGAAAGGAGCAGUGCCCGUGGCUGUAGAGAUUCUCCGAGAGAUCGACUGCCACCAAGAAGCAAAAAGAUAAGUAGUCGAAGAAUGUCGGUAAUAAAGUCUACAUGCAAGAAUACACGUAUUGACAGGCAAAAUAUAUAUUUUUGUUAUUAUACAAACAUUUUUCAUAAAAAUCAUAAACUUACAAACGUAUGGUUAUGUAAAGUGUACAAUGAUAAUGAAGGUGAAUUGGAAACUCUAAUAAACAAUAACAGAUAAUUUGUUUUACCUUAACAAGAGUAGUAGGACAUUUAUAACAUUUCUACAGAUAGUUAAACAAUAAUAUUAGAGUCUUGUUUGUAAUUGUGGCUAAAAUCUUUCAUAUUAAUAACUAUUUAUAAUUCUCACGAUAUUUAACGCCUCUCUUUUUCUUAUAAGUUUAAAGGCAGAUUGUUUUGCUCCUCAACUUUGUGCUUUUAUAAAAAGAACAUUUAAGGGGGGCUGAAGCCCCCCUAAAAUGUUCUUCAGCCCCCCCAAAUAAUUAUUGGGAUUUUUUUUUAAUUAAACAAUUGUUUUACACAUGGACAAGUUAUAUAUACAUAUGUGAGAUCGUUUCUGGUUUGUAUGUUUUCUCCCCCUUCAAACUACAAUCCAAUAGCCGCUCAUCACACUUAACAAUAAAAGACCGGGCACUAGGACCUUGGGGAGUCUGCAUCGCUGCUGCGCUGGCUUUCUCACUCUGCCAAGUAACGUCUCUCAUCAAGACACAGGAUUACAGCCAAGGAGUUUAGCUCAUAGUAAAUGAUGCACAGAAUGAAAUUGUAAGUACAGGUAGUAACAGAAUGUAGUUGUUAACGAUUGUUACCUGCUUAAAUUUAGGUUUACUUGAGGCAAAUGAAAGGGAAUAUUGUAAUAUUGUAAUUUUUUCCUUCUGCUCCUAAUACAACAAAUAAACAACUCAGAAGUUGACACUGGCAGGUCCAUUCUCCAUCCAUUGUGUGUGGUCCCUUUAAGAAUUAGGAUUUGGGAGUGACGCGGAUAUGAAAACUAGUUCAUCCGUCUUUCCUUUACAAGCAGGAAUAUUAUUUCUCUCUAUUUGAGAAAAGUUCAUAUUUGUGUUGUCAAAUUUCACAAUGACCCUGAAAUUCUGUCUCUUCUGUUCUCUUAUACUGAAUGAAUGCAAGCAAAGAUCCAGAGAAAAAUCACACUCUUUCUGAUUAAACCAAUCUAAGAACUGUAUGAAACAAUGGAUAUCCGCAGCCUCAAAUGAGCCCAAAAAAAAAUGGCGCGCUGUGCGCGCAAACAUUCUUCAUCCUUAGGGGCUAAGCCCCCCCUUUCUUUGAAUCCUAGAAACGCCCCUGGUGUAACACUUCCUCUACAAUAAUGCCAUAUUUUAUGUUUCCUAUCAUUUUAUUAGGGACGGACGAGCCUGAAGGACACAGCUGUGCUGACCGUUUUCUGUCUCUUAUGGCAAAGAAGAAAAAUAAAACACUGGGUUCUUAUCUAAAGUGUAUCAAAUCAGGAAGCGAAAGAUAAACAUUGUUCUAAUAAGUGUUCAUUUGAAUAUAUAAUCUAUAAUGAAUAUAGAAAUUAACUCUUUUAUCCAUGACACUUAGCAAUGACUGCCAACUCUAAACAGUUGCAGGCCUUCUUUAGUUAGGGAGGAAAACACAAAGUGUUGUGCAGAUGAAGCUGGUGCAUGUCGCCUCAUGUUGAUAAUAAUAAAUUAAUAAAUAUGCAAGUUAUUUGAGCUAUGUGUCUGUCUAAUCUUUUUACUUUGUUGCAAUCAUUUUACUUUAAUGCUCGAUUAUAGGCAACAUCUUUGUGUUGGACUGAGCGCUAAAGCAUGUGAAAUGUAUUUGAAAUAGGAUUUCUGCUCCCUGCUGGCACUCAAAAUGCAGCCCAUGGUAUAUCUCACUGGUCUAUAUAGGCCUACUGCUUAUAAUAAUCAGCUACCUCUAUUUUUGUGACGGUGACAUGACGUCAUACAAAAUUGCCCCACCAGAAAUUUCAGGCUAAAAUCGCCACUGAUCACAACAUAUAAUAGAAUACAGUGUAUAGGAUAUAUGUGAAGUAAAUCUAAUAAAAUAUUUAAUUAGAAAUAUAAAGUGUAUACAGAGUAGUAGAGGAUCCCCUUUAGAAACACAUGAGUGUGCCAUUAGUCUUCCUCGGGUCCUAAACAUAUAAAUACAUUACAUACAUCCCAUGAAGAAAGUAAAGAGUGAAUACAUACAGGAAGAGCAGAAAACGUAAUAUCUAGAUCAAAAGGCAACCUCAACAAGUUGGAUAAACCAGUGAACUGUGCAGUUCUAUCACAUAUGAGCAGAAAGCAGAAUGAAACAAGAGAACACACAGAAAGGCCUGCAGACUGAGCCUAUUUUAGAGUAAUGCUGGAUAUAAAUGCAAAAUAUAACUGAGAAUGAAAUAAGCAUAUUACAUGAGACAAAAAGUGGUUUUGCACAUAUUAUGCAUUAGUUGUAUUAAACACGAAUGUCUUUCUCCAGCUCUAUUAAAACGAACUUGGUUAGGUUUAAGGUUGCAAACCUCUUGUUCUCUUAAACAGCUUCAACAUAUUGUGAGGUGGCUGUUGUACUUUACAGUCUCAUAUUGUGUCUUCAGAUGCUUUUUACUUUCUGACCAGUAGUACGAAACCCAAAGAACUGAAUGAACUGGACCCAGAAGAAAAUAACCAGAACAUAUUUUUCUAAUGUGUAAAUAUAAUAUGUCACAUAGAAGUUUCAAAGUACAGGUGUAUGUAAAAACAUGAAGACAAUUAAACACAGGUCACAAUUACCACACACAAAGAAUUUGGAAAAAAAUUCAAUUCAAUUCAAUUGGUACCGCCACAUCUUAAAGCGACCACCAGGUGGCAGGAACUCAAACUCCCUGAACAGGAGGUCUACAGACCUGGAUCUGACAAACCCUUAUAAUUUUACCUGGUAUCUUGACUAGAUUAUAUACUCUAUUUAUUCUUUUAUACUACUGGAACUACUAAAACUACUUACUAAUAGAAAGAUGUAUGUAUCUCUGUAAGAUAUCUACUACAUUGUCAGAUUCUGUUUCUUUUUAAUUCCACAGGUUGCUUCCAGACGAGAUGAGUUGCACUUUCCUCCUCCUGGUUUCCCGCAGCGACACCUAUCAUGGCCGUUUCCUGCUCGUCUUGUCUCGACAGUCCCUGUGGCUCAGAGCACUCAGCUCUGGCCCCAUGAUCAGUCGCAGCCUGCGAGAGAGCUACAGGCUCCUGCAGCUGCCUGAUGAGGGGCAGAGCAGUCCUGCGCAGACUACCCUGGUGAAGAGCUGUCUUUUCUGUUAGACAGUAAAGCGCCCGGGCAGCAGCAGUAUCCAGCAGAGAGCAGCUACCCAGAGCCGCCCAAAUCAUCUUCUCUUCCUUACGACACCAAAAUGAGCACCAGUGACACUGCUCUGUUCAACCUGGACUCGUAUCAGGAGUUCAACUGGUGGAGCUCUUAUCCACAUGAUGGGCCGGCGGUAGACCAGCCACAGACUGGGUACCAGGAGUCUCCGCAGACAUAUCAGAGCCUGGUGCCCCAGGGUGGACAGUUCAGCCCGGCCAUGGAGGGCAGCCACAGCCCCUUCUUGACCACAAAAGCCCCCAACACGUUACAAAGUGAGAUGGAUCAGAGCUACUACGACUCUGACGGACAGAGGCAUUCGUCGUCCUUCUGGCCGGAAUACCCAUCUCCCAGCUUCUCCACCCCCCUGCCUCACCUGCCCCCGGCCUCCUGCCCCUCGAACUCCAGCCCUCAGUCCUCAGAGCCGUACUGCCCCCGUGUGGCCAAACGCAAAAACCCACACCCUCAGAGACCAGACAGGGAGGGCCAUAUGCCAGGGAUGUCGGCCUAUCCAGGUUCUGGUCCAAUCCAGUUGUGGCAGUUUUUACUGGAACUACUUCUGGACUCGGCCUGUCGUACCUUCAUCUCCUGGACGGGCGACGGCUGGGAGUUCAAGAUGUCCGACCCCGCUGAGGUGGCCAAGCGCUGGGGCCAGUGCAAGAACAAACCCAAGAUGAACUACGAGAAGCUGAGCCGCGGCCUGCGGUACUACUACCACAAGAACAUCAUCCACAAGACGGCAGGCAAACGCUACGUCUACCGCUUCGUCUGCGACAUACAGGGCAUGCUGGGAAAGACGGCACAGGAGGUCCUGAUCAGUCUGAACGUUGUGCCCACACACACCGAGUCGUGGCAGUGUCCCGGGGCGCCAGCGGCGGUGACGUCUGACCACAGCAGUGAAACAUGGGCACCUCAGUAGGAGAUGGGGGGCUGGACUGGUGCUGCUGGCUGAGAGUGACCAGCCCCUUUCCACAGAGUACUACAGACUACAAAGUGAACACUGGCUCUUAAAGUGGCGAUGUGGUCACACUCAGACCAGGAGCCAGUUUGUAGAUGUUGCAUUUCAGGGAAAAGAAAUAAUCCAAAACUCAUAAAAGUCACAAUGCAUCAGUCUUGAAAGACAAUGCGUUAGACUCUGUGAAAUAAUAACUCUCCUAAUACCUGACUCAUAAACACGAAGCUCCUUCACCUCAGGGCUUAAUAACUGCAGCACAGGGAGCAUUUUUAGCAAUAUGAAUAGAGACAAUAUCUUCAUUCAUUGGGUUUCUGAGGAGGAACUGAUUUGUAAAUAGUGUUUAUAGAGACCCCUAUGUAGAGUUUUGUGCAUUUAUAUAUUUUUGUAUGCAAAACUCAUGUCUACCUCUGUUGCUGAUCAGAAUAACAUGAAGUGAGAUCACUUGCAGGCAGCCACUGUGAAGGUUCUAGCCUGUGUGAUGAUUGUUUUGUGUAAAUAAACUGUAUAUAAACAUA